CAGUCUGAAUAAAAUUACACUAAAACCUGUUCUAUACCAUGCAGUUUUUGUAGGCAUAGAAUUGAGGGAAUGUUGCCUUUGGUCAUCAAGUUUUUCACUUACCUGGUUAUCUGCAUUACAGUCUUUUUAACACGAAGUUCAAUUUUUGUGACAGAUGUAAAAGAAAGUUGCGUUUUUUCCUUUCAUCUAUCCAGAGAGGAGCAGAAUUGAGGAUAUGUGGUAGAGACUAGAAUAGCUAAUCUGAUUGGUGAUUACACUUUAACUUUGUUUUUGAAAAGGAUACGUGAUUGGGAAACAAAUUGUGUGUAAAUUGCAGUUUUCGAAGUGCUAAACGGGCAUUAUAGAAACCUUUCCUUGGCAGCAGCUUUUGCAGAUCUUCCAUACAAUUGUUCUGAAUCUUCUCUGACCCUUCAACUUCUUAUCUUUGCAGGGCUACAAAUUAUCCAACAAAUUAAACAUAUGAUUAUCACAGAAAAGAGGAUGCAUCAAGAACGUGUAACAUCUGAGCACAGCUGUAAUACCUCCAAAUUUGCUGGUUCACCUCUGAGGUGCCGGAGAUGGUGUCGGAGUUACGUUACCGCUAAAGCUGGAGAAAUGGAGAAGAAGAAGCGCCAGCCUCGGCAAAAGAAUCCAUACAAAGGGAUUUUCCUGAGGAAAUGGGGAAGGUGGGUAAUUGAGAUUCGUUUUGCAAAUACAAGGCUCUGGCUCGGCUCCUACCAUACCCCGAUGGCCGCUGCUCGGGCCUACGACGUGGCCCUCUUUUACUUGCGUGGCCCGGGAGCGAAGCUUAACUUCCCUGAGUUCGCGGUGGGCGAUGGCCAGCACCGCGAACUCACGCCAAAGGAGAUACAGAAUCGAGCCAUGGCAGUUGGAUGCAGGAUUGAUGCAAUUCAGAGAGGACUUCAUAUAUCACCCACCCAAAUGAGUGUCAGCGUGACUGACCACCACCGCGAGCCAGAUGUUUAUGUUACACCUGACUUGAACAAAUACCCUCACCUGGAUUGA